GCAUCUAACACCCUGACUGUAGUGCAGGCUGCCAACCAUUUGUCGAGGAGGUGGAGUGUGGUCAGAGUAGUACCUGGAGUGUGUCACUCUCUUGACUGCGUUUACAUUUCUCCAUCAUCACUCGCUGCAUAGUUGUCAUACUGGACGUCUGAAAAGUCUAUGACGUGUGUUUAGUGACUGGGAGUGUUUGAAGCCACUCACCCGUCUGUUGCUCCAGGCUGCCGACUCCUCCUCACUGUGACGGCAGCUGUGAGUAACAUCUAGGUAGCCACGGCGGGCGUCUGUCACCAUGGAGAGCCAACCGUCACAACUCAGUGUGGUGUCGACGCGUAUCUGGAUAAAUAGUUCGAAUGAACGAGGUGAUUCAGAUAACUAGAAUACUUGUGGUGGCGCGGUCAGUGUUGUGUCAACCCAUUGCGUUAAUCGUAGUUGGUGGCCCGUCGUGGUAGGUAGCCCGGUCAUGUCCCGAGUGAUGAGAGUCCACCCCUGAUACGUCACCAGGACUUAUGAAAUACGAAUACAGUGUAAGUCAGAGCCGUACCAGAGCAUAUUGGGAAGUCAUUAAAGACCGAAAAGUGUUGGUAGAAUAUUGUCAGUGUAAUAACCGUGUUUAAAAGAGUGGAUAUAGUGAGUGGGCUGCAUGGAGUGUGUGGUGGAGGCCGACACCCUUCAGGAGGACGGUCAGCGGGCGUAAUGAGGAGAGCGGGAGGUGUGUGCAGGGCUCCCGCCGCCGUCUUGGGAGUCCUACUGCUGUUGGCUGCUCUCUCCCGCGCCGCCGCUAUUCAUGGAGUCUCAUCCUUGUCACAGCACCACAACCAACACAGCGACCCUCCACACACCACAGCAGAACCCCCCAGCGACCCUCCAUACACCACAGCAGAACCCCCCAGCGACCCUCCACACACCACAGCAGAACCCCCCAGCGACCUCCACACACCAGCAGAACCCCCCAGCGACCCUCCACACACCACAGCAGAACCCCCCAGCGACCCUCCACACACAACAGCAGAGCCCACCGGCUACUCUGUGGCACCCACAGAGCCCACGCCCACACGUAUGGCAUCUGCCACAGGGGAGCCCCAGAUGAACACGAUAGAGAAUGAUGUACAAGACGACACGAGCAGUUCUCUUUCUGAAAACAUUAAAGAUCCAGGACUCAGCGGUGAAGAACAACACUCGAGAGAAGCGAGUGUCUCCACCACCGACCAGACUCCCAACACCACUUUCUUCGGUGUUGUGACUGGGCAGCCCACGACGUCACGAGGGACGAAAGGGAUAGCGAGAUGUUUUUGGGUCUGGUUGUCACAAUAUUUUGAAACCCCAACUUUGGAUUUCCUCGACCCACUGCCGCGUCACCUCCCACCACGUAUUGCCGACGAACAUUCUUUAGCUGUGAGUGAGGUAAGAUCCCUGGAGAAGGAGGUGAGAGAUGGGAGAGCCAACCUUCCUGUUGGGUGUAACUUCUUGAUGAUUCAGGAGGGCACCGUCUUCUGUACAGGCAACAACAUCACCAAGAUCCCAGAGUUUGGUGAGGCGCGACACAUCAAGAUUCUUCACUUUUCCGGGACGGGGAUCAAGAUGGUGACUAGUAUGGAUCCUUUACCAAGGUCCCUUAAAUCCCUCACUCUCUCUGAAGGGCAGCUGAUGAUAUUCGAGGGUUGUAGGUUCUUCCAGAUCGCCGGGCUGGAGUUCCUGUCCCUCGAGUACAAUACUCUCUCUAGCUGGAGUUUUGUCUUCGCCUUCUACUCCAAGGACGCCCCCAUGGCUAUUACCAUCAAGACCCUCAACCUCCAGAACAACCUCAUCAGUUAUCCACCAGAACCUGUCGGGGGGAACGAGACGGUGCUGCCUUACCUGGAGGUGUUAGCCAUGAACAACAACCCGCUGUGUAACCUGCCAGCCAAGCUCUUCAAGCCCCUGAGGGAGAGCCCUGUCAAGAGCCUCUUCCUGAGAAACUGUUCCAUUGGCCAGUUCUCACACGUAGAAGGGUCACCGCUGCAGUACCUGAAGGGGCUGGAGAUUCUGGAUCUGAGCAAGAACCACGGUCUGUCCCCGGAGGAGUUGGAGGAACUACUGCAGCCGCUGGAGAGAGGCAACCUGAGGGAACUGUACCUCAGCAACAACAACUACGGCCGCGUCCCUACAGGAGCUCUGGAACUAGUGAACGAGACUCUGGAGAUCUUAGACUUGCACGGGUCGGCUUUUGAGUGUCUGGACAACAGCUCCUUCCCUGUUAUGAACAAAUUGGUCACGCUCAACCUCAUGUACUGCCGGAUUAAUACGGUGCAGUACGAUACCUUCGAUGGCUUCCCUUCAUUGAGAGAACUUUACUUAGACAGCAAUGGACUGGUUACUGUGCCUCCUGACGUCAUGUUACCCACUCUCCACGUGUUGACUCUGAGUGACAACCCUCGUAACACAGGCAGCGGAGGACCUCAAACGUUUAACAUGGACGAGGUAAUCUUCAGGAACCUCGACUUUCUCACCAAUACCUCCUUUGAUAGGGUGCCGCUGGGACAGGUGAGAGAAUCGUACUUCAACACUCUACACAAUCUUCAGUUCCUACACCUGUCUACCUGUUGUAUUACUCACAUCGACCCUAACAGCUUCAGGAAUUUAUCCAAACUGGAGAAACUGUACCUGAACGAGAACAGCAUCCAGGUCCUGUACAACGACACCUUCUCUGGCCUCACCAGCCUCACCUACCUCGACCUCUCAAACAACAAGAUAGUCUUCCAGUACAAUAAUGAUUUCACCAACAGUCCCUCAACACUGUCAUUAGAGGCGGCCGCUGGUCCCUCCUCCUCCUCCUCCCGCCGUGUCCCGCCUCACACUCCCGUCAAUAUGGUCAGAUUGACUCAACAAAAUGGUCGUCACAAGCGUCACACUCAAGAGAUCGAUAAAUUACUCGACAAUGGUUAUUCGACGACCUGGGUGACGGUGAUCAAGAGGAGUACUAGUAGCGUGAGGCAACAGCAACAGGCCCAGACACCCCUUGGGGCUCGCGGUGCACAACCUAAAUUUUAUCUUCCGUUUCAAGGACUCCACUCUGUCUCACACCUUGAUUUGUCAGAAAAUGAAAUACGGACAAUAAUUCCUGAGCUAUGGGAGGACCUCCAUGAACUGUCUUAUCUGAAUCUGGACUCUAAUAACAUCGCCGCCUGGAAUGUACCUAACUUCUACAACCAAACUAAUCUGUCAGUACUCUCACUACAGAGGAACUCACUCAUUCACCUGACGAAGGCAAUGGUUAAGGAUUUCAGUACAGAUAGCCUGGUGACGGUGGACCUUCGCUUCAACGUGUUCCAGUGCGACUGUACCAUCGCCAGCCUCAACAACACACUCAACAAAACGCACUUCGUUUCGUGGUCAUCUUAUCAGUGUUCUGAAGAUGGCGACCUGAUCUUCUUUCUUGACUACAUCGUCAACUCCACCUGCCAGGACACACCAAACAAACCUACCAACCUGACACCCAUCAACACCACCACCACCAUCCUCGUCAGUAUAUCCGUCACGCUGUCUCUUCUCCUGGUGGCGGUAACAGUGUACAGGAAGCGCUGGUACGUUCGGUAUGUGAUGUACAAUAUACGGGUGAGGAUGGCGGUGCAGAAGGAGGACUCAGACCAGUACCUGUAUGACACCUUCGUCUGCUACUCCCAGGCCGACCGUCAGUGGGUGUUCGAGCAUCUCUUGGUCAAACUGGAGGAUGGUGGAAGGUACCGGGUGUGUGUGCACGAGCGAGAUUUCACAGUGGGUCAAGAGAUAACUCAGAACAUUAUCAACAGUGUCGAGCGUUCACGUAAGGUGAUCGUGGUGCUGUCGCCGUCCUUCGUGGAGAGCAGCUGGUGUAUGUUUGAGCUACAGAUGGCCACCAACAAGAUACUGGACGAGAAGAAGAGUAAGUUAAUCCUGCUGCUGCUAGAGGUCAUCCCGUCGGGGAGUCAACCUAAGAAACUCCGGCUGUUGCUCAAGACCCGGACCUACCUGGCCUGGGUGACGGACGCCGAGGGGCAGAAGUUGUUUUGGUCAAGGUUACUGAAAGCCAUAACCAAACCUCUGACCACUGAGCCGCCCAACUCCACGUCCUACAUGUAGCAUCGAGCCUUUCCCGCUGGGCCAGGUCUCACCCAGCGCUCACUUUAUGGAGAUUACCUCAAGAUAAACACUGCCGAUACCUCUUGAGCAUUAUAGAAUAUUAGUUUGGGUACCACGAUACCCACAAGUGACUGAAAAUGGGGGAAUGUGAGACCGCGUAAGUACAAAGAAUGUGAGAUAAUAAGAUAAUAAGGGACUUCUAAUACAUUCCAUGGCAUAAGGAAGUGAUCAUACCCGUCUCGACCAAUCACAUCAUGGGGGUGGGGGAGGGGAAGGAUGUAUAACCUGCCAAUUAGAGACACAAAGGCUAAUGGGCGACCUGGUGUCUCCUCCCUGGCACCACUGCUCACCACUUCCCUCCUCUCAUCAAGACCUAUACCACUCCACCCAUGUACUCUGGGCUCUCAUAGACUCCAGUUUGUGUUAUGAUCAUGUACAAUACAGUGUGGUGUUUACACCCGUACAGUAAGGUCAGUGUAUAGAUAGCAGUGGUGUCCUUAAAAUAAAGACCCACUUAUAUAUAGGAAUGUGCCAUUUAAGUUUAAAAGAGACUUAAUUGUACUACAGUAGAUGGGGGUAAGGGUUUAUAGGAUCACAUGAAGAUUAAACACCCUAAUGCUAACCUAACCUAACCUAACCUAACCUAACCUAAUCUAACCUAACCUAAUCUAACUCCCCAGUUCUUCAGCGUUGGUAUAGAAUGUUACAAGUUCUUAAUGAUAUAAUUAUAUACUCUUGUAGACGAGCCUUGAAGGAUGGCAUUAAGAAAAAGAGAAACGUGUGUGUGUGUGUGUGUGUGUGUGUAUGUGUGUGUGUGUGUGUUUGUGUGUGUGUGUGUGUGUGUGUGUUUGUGUGUGUGUGUGUGUGUGUGUGUGUGUUGGAUGAAUGGAUGGUUCUCCUCCGGCUGUGGUGUUAUUACAGUACACAGAGACACGCUGCCUCUAUACUACCCAACCUAACCUCAUUCUACCUUAGACCUAUUUUUACCCUACACUGUCCUCACUCUCUCCUCACUCUAACAUCACUCUCUCCUCACUCUAACAUCACUCUCUCCUCACUCUAACAUUACACA